AUGGAAUCGUUGAAUGAAUAUGUAUUAUAAUUUAUUGAUUAAUAACGAUGCCACCGCCAUCCAUUGGAGAAGGCAAAAAUGAUUAAAUUGAAAUGUAAUUUCCGUGAUUCAUUCAUUUGCACAUAAUGUAUAGAGAUGGAUAGUCAACUUUAAAUGAUGUCUAUGAAGAGAGCUUCAGAUUUAUUGACAAAUUUUAUAAUGUUUGAAUGGAAAUAACCUUAAUAAAAAACACAGUCAAUAAAAGAUAAAUUACUAUAAUUUUCAGAUAUGUUCAAUAAUCUGUUAUAAUAAAUGGAAAGUCAAAUAAACGAACGAGAAUAAAAAACAUAGAAUUUAUAAAAGAAUUAUUAUUAGAAGUUAAACGAAAUUGAAAGAAUAAUAAGACAUCUUACUACAGAUGCCAAGGUUGAUACAAAAAUAAAAGAUGUAAAUUAAAUGGAAAGAUAAACAUAAUUAUCUGAUAACCUAAAAUCUUCUCUACUUUUAUUAUUGUAAAAUGAUGAAUUACUAUUAACAUGUAAUUAAAAAGAACGCAAAAACUUUAAUUAAAAAUUAGAUAAGAGACUUGUAAUUUUAGAUGAAACACUUUAAGAUAUGAUAUCUUAAAUACAAUAAUAAAUGGAUGAAUACAAUUAAAAUAUGUAAAAUAUAUCAAUGUCCCGUAAAUUAUCAAAUGCUGAACCUUUUAUGGGUACUUAAUCAAUUUUAGCUUCUCCAACGAUGAAUAUAAGUCCAAGUUAAAAAUAAUUAUUUUUAUCUACUUUCAGUAGUUAACUAUCAAAAACAUUUCUCAAUCCAUUUACAUUUAAAUAAGUUCAUUCUUAAUUUAAAUUAAUAAGUCCUACAAGAUUACUUGUACCACCAAAUUAAGGGAAUAAAACAAAUAAAACAAGAUUAGCUUUAAUAGGACCUCGUUUAUAAGAGGGACCUCUUAAACCACCAAAAUCAAUAACUUUUAGUAUCUAAUAAUAAAUAUUACAAACAUUUUAAAUAGGAGUUUGUGAAACAGGAUCUGUUGAAUUAGAUCCUUAAAAACCUCAUAAAUUAUUUUUAGCUUCCAAAUUCCCUUUUCUCAACAGAGGUGAUUAAUUAACUCUAACUGUUAAUCCUGCAACUGGUUUAAUUUAACUAGUAAAAAAUAAAGCUUAUAAUCAACCUAUUUAAGCAGAAUUGUAAAUUGAUUGUUGGACUAAUAUGGUAUUUGUUGUUGCAUCAUAAGAUUGUGGAGGUUCAGGAGAGAUACAUAUUAUUUAUGAUGAAUGAGAG